UGCUGGAUUAAUAAUACUACAUUUACACAUGCAUUAUAUAAUAACUGACGACGCGUUUGCACGGCUCGUCGUUGAAAUAAGCGUUUCUAACAUUUUGUGACCAACUUACGUCGAUACCGCCGGCACAAACCGUCGAACCUUCGAAAUAAGAGCACAAUGUUUUCCGCGCUUUUUACCACUACAAAAACAGGUAGCUUAGCUUCACGUAUUAUUUAAUCUGCCGAAACACUCAACAACUAUAAUAGCUUUCGAGGCGGCUUGCACUGUACGCAAGGGAUUCCUAAAUCUACACGAAAGUACAAACUGCCCUCAGAAGUCAUUUUAACCUAUCUACGACACUGCUGUUAGCAUUAGCAUGACCGUAAGGCCUGCUCAGGAAGCAGGCGCGAGCUUUUAUUUUCCAAAACUGCUUUUUCAUCUUACCUGUCAAAGCUGCUGAUUCAGAGAAUAAUAUCUGUUGAUAAGUGUUUAUAUAGAUGAUGCAUUUGUUUUUUUAGACUGUCAUUAUGCUCCCAAUACUCUCUUUUUCAUUCAUAACUAUCUCCAACAGAGAAAGCUACAAUUUAAGAGAUAGAGAGGAGGUGGUGAAGCAGACACACUACUGACACUCUGACAUUGGAUUUUCACCAGCAGAGAUGGCUCAUGUCACCAAUCAUGGGAAGCUGCUCUUGCAGCGCCUGCAUCAGCAGCGAGAGAUGGACUUCUUGUGCGAUAUAACCAUAAUGGUGAGAGACGUGGAGUUCAGAGCCCACCGCAACAUCCUGGCUGCGUUCAGCAAGUACUUCUCCGCCCAGGCUGAAAAGGGUCAAGAUGUCACAACCCUGGACCCCGACAAGGUCAGCCGCUACGCUCUGGAGAAACUCCUGGAGUUCAUCUACACCGGACAGAUGAACCUCAGCAGUACCAGACAAGCCGCGGUGCGUCGAGCGGCGGUGUUCCUGGGAAUGUCCGAGGCCACAAAGUUUCUGGAGGAAACCUCCCACUGGUCCGAGCUGAGCGAAACGUCCCAGUCAGAGGCGGAUAAAGAAGCUGGUCUCUCCCCUUCCAGUCCGACCUCUCCCGGCAGCGCCAGCUCUCCCGUCCCCCUGUCUAUUGUCUCCGUUACAGGGGAUUAUCAAGAGGACGGCCGGGCUGGCAACAAGACGGGCGACGAGCCCCGAGACGGAGACGUGGAAGAGGGAGAGAAAAGUGACGGAGAGUACACCCCCACUACGCCGAAGAGCGUUGGAAGGGGACAGGGAAGGAAGAGAGGCAGACCGCCGAAGAGUUUGAGCGGCGAACAGGUGGAGCCAAGCAGCUCGGUUGACGGCACGCCCAAAACCCAGGGCUACAGGGGGAGGGGGAGGGGCAGAGGGAGAGGCAGGGGGAGAGGGAGAGGGAGAGGCAGAGGGAGAGGUGGAUUCAAAAGUGAAGAUCUGUCUUUGGAAGAUUCUGAUGCAGAGGGGAGCGUGAAGGAUUUAGGGGACACCUCUGAGGACUGGAGCCCUUCUCUGGAGGACGAGUCUCCGUCCAAGAAACCUCGGCUGAGCAGCGGGGAGGGACGGAGGGGGCGAGGGAGGGGGAGAGGCAGAGGAAGAGGCAGGGGGCGAGGCCGGAGAAUGAAGGAGGAGGAGGAAGACGAGGAGAGCGGCGGGGCGGGGACGGACGACGGCGAGCGAGAGGAGGGGGAGGUCGGGGAACAGGAUCCGUCGGAAAUGGACGAGAUGUCGCUGUCGUGCACCGAGUGCAACAAACUGUUCAAAGACGUGAGCAGCCUGCGCAGACACGAGAAGAUCCACAAGGGCCUGAAGCCGUUUGUCUGCAUCUUCUGCUCCAAAAACUUCAGACAAGCUACCCAGCUGAAAACACACCUGCGCAUCCACACAGGCGAGAAGCCGUUUAAUUGCUCCAGCUGCGACAAGUGUUUUGCCCAGAAGUGUCAGCUGGUCGCUCACCGCCGGAUGCACCACGGAGAGGAGAAGCCGUACACCUGCGAGCGCUGCGGAUUCAAGUUCGCCACCUCGUCCAACUACAAAAUACACAUCAGGCUGCACAGUGGCGAGAAGCCGUACGUCUGUGACAUCUGUGGUCAGGCGUUCGCUCAGUCGAGCACGUUGACCUAUCACAAGCGACGACACACCGGCGAGAAACCGUACCAGUGUGAUCUGUGCGGCAUGUCCUUUUCUGUCUCUUCUUCACUCAUCGCUCACGCACGUAAACACACAGGUGAGACGCCGUACAAAUGUUCACAGCCGCAGUGUGCCGCAAGCUUCGUGACGUCUUCCGAACUGAAGAAACACAUGAGGCGCCUUCACCCGGAGGGGAACAACGGUGUCCAGUGUCUGCUGUGUGGAAACAGGUUCGCCAGCGUGAAGAACAUGAUCAAACACCAGGAGAAGGCUCACGCUGAUGAAGUGCGGCAACACAAGGAGAGAGCCAGAGCAGUAGUCCUCCUGGCUUCAAGCCAUCCUGUGGCCUUCGUCCAGAGCAAACUCUCCCAGGAAAACAAAGGAAUGGCUUCCAUCCCGGAAGACGAGCCCUCCAACCCCGAGCCGACCACCCCGACCCCGAAAGCAUCGGCUCCGUCUGCGGCCACUGCCGCCGCCGCUGCUGCUGCUGCAACUACCGCCGCCACUAACAUGCAAGACUUCAAGGCGGAGCCGGCUAACCCCGCCAACGACCAGGUGACCUACGAACCCGACCAGGAGCAGACCAUCAACUCGGACACGCUCCACGCUCUGGUGGAGCAGCUGAGGCCGCAGCCCUCCCCCGCCCCGAGCCUGGAGCAGAUCGUCAUCAUCAGGACGGUGGACAACCCUCCUCAGCAGUGAGGCCCGAGCCAACGGCAGCGUCCGUUUUUAACAUACAAGCCACAGUCAGCCACUGUUCAAAGUCAGCACUCACAUUCGUGCGUAUAUACGCAGAACAUAGACUUUAACGGACGUUUGGUUAUCUGCAAGUGAAAGAUAAUUCUGUUAUAUUACAAUUUGGGUCUUAACAUUGUAUUUACCACGUUAAAGGUGCCGUAGGUAGGAUUGCUAAGCUAACUGUCUGCUGGUUCAAUAUGAAUCUUCAGAUACAAGAGUGGGGUCGAUCUUCUCAUCUUCAAAAAUAAUCUUUCCCAAAAUGUCAAACUAUUUCUUUAAAGGUGCUGUAGGUAGGAUUGGGAAGAUCCAGGACUUUCUCAGUCCCUCCCCCCUUACCGCUAAAGCCCAAAACGGUCUCCUAAGCCCCUCCCCCCACAAGGGAGAAUGAAUGCGUGUGCCUGAGCAGCGAUUGACACGCAGCUAGACACCCCCAAAUAUGACAGAAAGUUAGUUUU